GCCUGGAGUCCAAUCUAUGUUAAGCUAUCAGUGCAAACAAAUUCGUGGAAACCGGACGUUUCACUGGAAUCUCAGCGAGAGUCGUACGAACGAAUAGCUCAGUUGUUUCAAAGUGUGACCAGACCACUGGGCAUUGUAUUCAUGGUCUUUGGAUUCAUUUUGCUGAUCAGCGCAGUGAUUGGCCUCUUUGGUAUUUGCCAAUUCCCAGUGAUGACUUUUGUGCUCAAUUGUUGUGGUUAUUGGAAUGGGGACGAUUUCAAUGCUAAUGGAACACAGUUUACUCGACGGGAUCGUUACCUUGAUUAUGAAUACCCGAGUAUUCGCUACCCAAUUUCCUGCUGUAAGAAGUACGAAAUUGGACAAGAUGCUGACAGAUGCCCACAAGUAUUCAACAUUACGAACAGCAAUGUUGAAAUUGGCUGCAGGUCAAGACUUUACGAAAACACGGUACCUUUGGUGAGCUCCUUGGUUCUGGGGUCGUUGGGAAUUCUUGCAUUAGAGCUGUUGGUACUAUCACUCGCAAUGAUCAACGUCUGCUGUGGAAACAAAUGAGAACCAUGUGCGCCAGGACUUGACAACUCAGAAUACCGCUUUAACCCCAGAUUGGUUCGCUUGUUUUGUCAACAUUUUAAGUCGCCUAUGAAAAAGUCAAAACUGAAUUUUGUGUAUACGCUUCAUUUGAAUUACAGUUGACUGAAAAUUCGCGGAAUGUUUGCCACUGUUCAAU